CACAUCCCACGACCACCCAACGCUUUCAUACUUUUCCGGAGUGCGUUCAUCCGAAGUCGCAAGAUUUCUUCGGAGAUUGAAGGGAAUCAUAGCACGUUGAGUAAGAUUAUCGGGAGAGUAUGGCGGUCUUUACCUCCCCCUGAACGCGCAGAAUGGGAGGCCCGCGCGAGGAUUGCGCAGGAGGAACAUCGUCUGAGAUAUCCGGAUUGGAGGUUCAGUCCU